ACAUAUCCAUUGCCUGUCCUCUGAACUUUGAGACAGCCGCAAGCAUCACUCUAAGAUAUGCAAUAGACUGGAAAUUAAACAAAAGCAACGUUUCAGUAACAGUCUCUUUUCACAAAACGGACAACAUGGAUUUUUACCAUCUAUUCUGUUUAACGUGCCGAACAACGAUGUCCUCGCCGAGAAUCCUCUUCAUGGUGUUGUUGUUGUUAAUGUACACAUAUCAAGGAGAAAUGACAGAGACACUGUGCGGUGGUGAACUAGUGGACACUUUGCAGUUCGUGUGUGGAGACAGCGGCUUUUAUAUCAGCAGGCCAAACAGAUCAAACAGCCGCCGUCCACAGAGAGGGAUAGUGGAGGAAUGCUGCUUUCGGAGCUGCGAGCUGCGUCUGCUGGAGCAGUACUGCGCGAAACCUGUGAAGACCGAGCGAGAUGUUUCCUCCACCUCACUGCAGAUCUUCCCAGUGUCACAGGCUCUUCACAAGGAUAUCACAAGAAGGCCUCUUGGUUUGAAGUAUUCCAGAUAUGAAGUGUGGCAAAAAAAGGAUGCCCAGAGGUUAAGGAGAGGGGUACCUUCCAUCCUGCUCGCCAAAAAGUUCAGGAGAGAGAUGGAGAAAGUUCAAGAGAGGGAGCAAAUCGAUUUACACAGACCCCUCAUUACCCUCCCUGACAGACGUCCUUCCAUACAUCCUGAUCACCACUUAUCGAAAGCGGUUGCUUCUUAAGUGCAACAAACAUUGGAUUAUACCCCAGGUGUUGGUCAGUAGAGGCACUUUUUUCAAGAAUCAUGCCACUCGCCGUCUUUGUCAAAACCAGAUUAUGAACACUCUGUGUUACCACAAUUCGAACCAACAGAAGUUAACACUGAAAGCGAAUGUACUGAGGUGGUCCACACAGCAAGACAGUUGAAUGCAGUGUUGGUGAACAUCACGGAGACGUCCAGAACUGAAACCGAGGAACUUGAUAGAUUGCACAAAAAUCUGCAGUUUGCAAAAGCAAUUAUGGUUCUGUUUUGCUUGCACCCUUUUUCGAAUGUCUUGUUUUUAAGGAAUACAUUUAUCAACGUUAGAGUCCUUAAUCUGCACCUUUAAAGUGUCACCCUGUGGCAUGAAAACCGAAGAAAUGAAAGGAGAAAAAUUAUGGCUGGCUGUGCAAAGCCAAGGACUGAUGUUAAACAGCACUAUUUUUUAUGAACUGCGAAAAAUGAAAACGUUAUGGUGCUACCUUGCAAAUAGACUUGCAAAAUAAGUUUUUCCGUUUUAGGAAAAACAAGACUGUAUUCAAAAGACAAUUUUAAAAUACUUCUUGUUUGGAACAGAAUUGGCUGUUCAAGAAUCAUGUUCGGUGCCCUGGAGAAUGAAUGUGAAGGCCUUUGCUAUCAUUCGAGAUAGCGUUGCAAGGGAAGGCAGGAAACAUCACAAAAUAUUGACGCUAACCAAAUCAUCUUGGACUUUGGGCAAGAACAGUCUUGCAUGUUUUAAGGUGUCACAUACUUGUACCAUAACAUUCCUAUUUCCAGUUUCCAGAGUCUCUGCCAUUUUAUCUUUGCAAUUUAUCUUCACUGUUAUUUAGACAGUAUUUUACAUGUAUGCAAAUGAAACAUCAAUAUAUGUUUUUAAAGGGAAACAAAUACGCAAUAACAUAUUUUCAACAUACAAUUGUAGUAUUCCAGUGAUUUUGCUUGAAAAGAAAUACUUGAAUAUGUGUGCAAAGUCUCAUAAGAUGUUGUCUUGUCAUUAACCCUUGUAUGACAAGUCUUGCAAAUUGAGCCACCAAACAUUUUCUCUUAAGCAAUGGCACUGUAUCAAGGCAUUAUUUAUUUUGAUAUAAAACCCAUACAAAUCAGUCCCAAUGAGAGAUUUCAUGCACAAAUGCCAAUUUUUUUUGUACAUUAUUUUAUUUUAGUUGUUCUGCUAUUGUAUGUAGAUGCUAUACUGUAUGUACCAAAAAUGUUACGUCUACUUUUUUAAGUAAAGUAAAUGGAUGCUUCUAAA